UCUCCCAUUCCUGCCCGAAGCAGCCCGGCUGAGGCUGUUACGGGAGCGGGUGGGAGGGGAAAGGGCAGGUCCCCGACGGGCGGCGGUGCCCAAAGGGGGCCGGGACCGAAGCAGUGCCGGGGCCGGAGCCGUGCCGUGCCACAGCAGGGACCGGGACGGAGCCGGGCGGUGCCGCCGGCCGCUCCCCGCAGGUGUGCCGCUGCCGGGGCUGCCUCGGGGCCGGCAGAGGAGGAGGGGGCUGUUUCCCCCCUCUCCGAUCUCUGUAGCUGCCCGAUCCACGCAGGCGGCAGCUGCUUUCCUUCCACUCUUCUUUGGAAAAACCUGUAUGGGAAAGCCACUCAUUUCAGAAAGAUGUUUGCGUUUUGCUUUUCCUGUCUCGGCCAUUGCCCAGACGUCUACCGCCAUGACCCCCACCGUCCCUGCCACGACAGAGGCCUACACACGGACUCAGUACUGUAAGUGGCCGUGCGAGUGUCCGAAGUCCCCACCUCGGUGCCCGGUAGGCGUCAGCCUGGUCACAGACGGCUGCGACUGCUGCAAGACGUGUGCCAAGCAGCGUGGAGAAAGUUGCACUGAGGCCGACACCUGUGAUUUCCACAGGGGCUUGUACUGUGACUACAGUGGAGACAGACCUAGGUACGAAAUAGGAGUAUGUGCACAGAUUGUCGGUGUAGGAUGUGUCCUAAAUGGCGUCAGGUAUAACAAUGGGGACACAUUUCAGCCCAACUGCAAAUACAACUGCACGUGCAUUAACGGGGCCGUGGGCUGUAUUCCCAUGUGCACAAACUCACGUCCUCCCCUUGUCUGGUGCCCAAACCCAAAGCUGAUUAAGAUGGCAGGGAAGUGCUGCGAGCAGUGGAUUUGUGAUGACUCCAAGAAAAUCAGGAAGACAUCUCCACGCCACAUCUCCUCUGCAGCGUACGAGGGAGAGGAUGAAGCCUGGCAGAAGAACUGCAUCGUUCACACCUCGCCCUGGAGUCCCUGCUCAAAGACCUGCGGGCUGGGCAUCUCCACCAGGAUUUCCAACGACAACGACCAGUGCCGGCUCCUGAAGGAAAACCGCCUGUGCAACAUGCGGCCCUGCGAGGUGGACAUAACCAAGCACAUUAAGCCUGGGAAGAAGUGCUUGGCUGUCUACAGGGCCAAUGAACCAAUGAACUACACCAUCUCAGGAUGUGUGAGCAAAAGUCAAUAUAGACCCAAAUACUGCGGCGUCUGCACAGACAACAGGUGCUGCACACCCUACAAGUCCAAGACUAUUGAAGUGAGGUUUGAGUGCCCAGAUGGGACUGAGUUUUCCUGGAAAAUCUUGUGGAUCAAUGCUUGUUUUUGCAACCUGAACUGCAAGAACCCCAAUGACAUCUUUGCCGACUUGGCUCAUUACCACGAUUACUCUGAGAUUGCUAAUUAAAUUGGCUGAAUGCUGGAAUUGACCCAUUGCUCUGAUUUUACAGAGGUUUUAAAAUAAAAAGGAGAAUCUUUCAUCCACUGCCAAUGUACAAUUUGUUUUUUCCUGAGUAGGGAUGUUAAAUCUCCUUGUUUUGCCACACUGUUUUUGGAGAGGCCUUGAACAAGCAAGAUUUUCAGCUCUAAUAGACCUCCAUCCACUAAUGGCAGCCAGAAAUGCCUCUAUGCACAGAUUCCACGAUUUAAAUGGCGAUCCUGUUGGCACUGCCAUUUAUUACGCCAGCAGUUUAAUUGCCCAAAGGAAAGAAUACUACACUAGUAGUACUAGUAGUAGUACCAACAACAGUGAGUUGUUGGUACAGCCCCCAUGCACCAUGGCAUGUUUGCUGUUGCUUCACUUGGGAGAGCUGAGCAGUAGAAAUGUGUUUCUGCAUGGGGAACUGUAGCAUCUACUUGCAAGAGACUGGAGACUGGACCAGUACAGGGCUGAACGUUGGGUGACACAACUGUUUUAAAUCAGUCAUUUAUUUUACUUCAGUUCCAGUUGGCAAGUUGUUUGUCUUCAUCUUGAUAAUCCAGUGGAAGCUAGAUUAGUUCCCAGGAGACAUAAAUCUUUCUGGCUAUGAUAAAUCAAAGCUUCUUGUUAACAGGCUGAAAAUAAUGCAACCCCUAUGUAAAAACAUCUAGGAGAAAUGCUGUACAUCUUCAAAAGCUGUCAACUUCAAUAGCAUUUUUGUAUACAAGGAUUUGGCCCAUAAAUUUUUCAUAGAGUUAGGUUAUUCCUUAAUUCAAAGCUUUAUUUAUUUUUUUUAAGCUUCCCUGAAACCUCCAGUGGCAGAAAAGAAGGGUGAUCCCUGUCUGCAUGUUCCAGUGCAGGUGCAAAGCACCUCUCCUGUUUGUUCCUCUGGUGAUAAGGAACCUGAGGACACCAGCUCUUUGUAGAUUCACCCUCAUUACUGCCUUUGGCCUGGAUGAUGUGACCUCAACCCAAAUGGGAGCUCAGCAUUUGCAAGAUUGAGAAUGUUAAAUUUUAAACUCCUUCACUGGUAAAAAAAGAUCAUGAGGACAUAAGAAAAAGAGGCCUUAGCCAAGAAGUUGAGCAUGGUUUUCCAAAAGGGAAAGCGGUUUGUAUUGAGGCACUUGGUAGGGAAGCCAUCCUAGGAUCUCUUUCUCAAUAAGAUCCCUCAAGUAUGACUUGGAAUCCUGUGUUCUAGUUCUAGCCCAUCUUAAAAUAUGAGAUAUAUUUUUUUGUAUACACACACAUACAUAUGUAUAUAUCUGUACAUAUGUAUACCUACGUAUGCUUAUAUAUGUGUAUAUGCACAUAAAGAAAAUAUUAUGUGUGUGCAUUUAUAUAAUAUUGUAUAUAAUAUAUACAAAAACAUGGCCAUGAAUAUAUAUGUUUAUAUUUGCAUAUACAUAUUCCUAUGGUGCAGUCUGUGGUGUAUAAAAUAGAGUGCAGAUAUAAUGCAUGUUUAUAUGUAUAAUCAGUCUUUCUCUGUCUUACAUGUACACGUAAGGAAACAAGAAAACAGGAUGAAAAGACAUACUCAGAACUGUGGCACUUAACAGGCUUGCUUUGCUUUGCAAUUAGCUAACGCUGUAACCACCGUAAUCAAAUUCUGCCGUGGCUGAAACACAGAGUUUUUACUGCGAGAUAAAAGACGCUGUUGUAAGCUAAGGCAUGACCAGCAGCUCCAGUGCGUGUCGGUUUUUAGUGAAGUGAAUGCCAGGAAACCACAGAUCUCGCCGAACGCACCCAAGAUGUUUCUGUUUCUAGCCUGGUUGCCUAAGGGAACAAGGCGUAUGCAACCGUGCCGUCCACUUGUUUGUCUGUCGGUCAGUCCUUUUGUGGGAAAUGUCAAAAAAAGUAGGCAGAACAUUAAAGAUCUCAGAAACAUUGCGAUUCCUGAAAUAAAAAAAUGAAAUAAAAUAGCCGGACAGGGGAAAGCCCCGCCACAUUGCUCCUACCAAGUCCGUACGCAUCUGCCAGGUAGCCGACAUGUCUGCAGUGUGGCCCAACCACAACAGGUUUAAUGCUUUAAGGGAUUUUGAACAGAUGCACCAGUUGGAAACAAGCAGCCAUGGAGGAGGGAGAGCUGAAGGCGUCACGGAAGGGGAAUAGUGGUUGUUACACUGCUGUAAAGGAGUUUCUGGGGUCAUUGGACACAAGUCUGUAGGAAACCAGCCUCACUAGCUCUACUGCUUGUGCAACUGCUUGUCUGUCCGGUGGCACUGACAGGGGAAGAGCAACACCUGUAGCCAGUGAACCUGACUUGCAGUUUGUGGUGCAUUAGAACUCCAUUGUUUUAACGGAUUUGUUUUACAAGAUUAGCCCUAGGACUAAGGCAGUAGACCAGCCCUUAGAUUCAGCUCCCUGGCUCCCUGUGCGCUUGGGCAAAUCAUGUGUCUUUACAAAAGUACUUUUAUGGUUACUGUUUAAAUACAUUAAGGAGUUAGAUCCUUCAAGGCUUUCAUGGAUCCCACCCUUUGCUUUGCUUUUCUUCAGUUCUUCAGCGCCAGAACAACAAAGCCCUACUGUUCAUCGUCUCUGUUGAGAGUGAAAACUCCUCCAGCAGUAACUGAUGGUCAAUGUACGUUUGUACAGGGCCUCCUACAAUGGGCCCAGGUCUCUGCUGGGACCUGAAAAUGGUACCAUCAUCCAAGAAAUCAACAAUAAUACCAUUGAGGAGACAUCAGGCUCCGAGCUGGGGCUAGACCCCUCUGGUGCAGCGAUCUGGGGAAAGGCUUGAAAAAGGAUGGGAGUGACAAUUUUGCAAUCCAGGCUAAGUUGAGACAGUGUGACACAUGUCCUGCUCACGUCAAUCAUCCUGUUGGACUUGUAGGCUGGGACAAGGAUGGAGGACGGGAUUUUGAAGGUCAGCUCAUGCUGAUAUGAAUGGCAAGACUCCAGCUAGCUCCAGUGACCAUAGCCAUUAGCCAUCCAUAGGGACUUUAUCGGAGUCAGUACGGUGCCUCAAGCUGCCUUGUUUGGGAGCCCCAGAAAGCAGGAUAGCCACUCACUGCAGCAUGAAACAAAGCAAGAAUGUGACGUAUAAAGAGGCCUUUACCUUGAGCGUUGACUAGUAUUUCAGCAUGCAUGCAACUGGAAACAGGGUGUGAUGCAGUUGCUUUAUUUUUUUAUGUGCUCACUAGGAUGGUGCUGCAUAUAUGUGAUACUCCAGGAAGAACACAAUAUUCAGACACAUGGUGUCAUCUCGUAAAUUAAAUCCUGAGAUUUUUCUUCUCCCAGUUUUUUGAAGGAGUUUUAAGACAAGCAGUUUAUUAAACUGAUGGAGACAGAGUGCCUUUAUUAGCCACAGGCACAUAUCCAUACACAUACCUUUUCAAAUUGUGACUUUCCAGUUUAAACAGUUCUACAGAGUUAUUUCUGUAAGCUUCAUAUGCUGAAAUAUAUGAAAAAUUAAUGGGAAAAACAGAUUGGUUUGGCAGUGUCAGUCUGAGUUACACCAACUAUGUAACACGUAUUACUUGUUCAUACAGCAUCAUGGUGAGGUUUUAUAGGUGGCAUGCUGCUGCUGUGGUUUAAAGAUAUUAAAUAACCUCAUAAGUGGUAAAUGAUUAAUGAAUCUAUGACUGACACCUCAUUUAGAAGCUUAGACAAGCAAAAGAAGGUGAAAUAUGUUUGCCACUGACAUUUCUUCUCCUUUUCCAAUCUCCUCGCCUGGCCAAUGUCCAAGUAUGCAUUUGCAAUGUGUGACAAAGACCUAAACUGAAGCACACAUAAAAAUAAAAAUAAAGAGCCAGCAAUGUGGUGAAAAAGGAUGCUCUGAGAGCAUUUCCUUAAAUGUGAAUAUUUUGGCAGCUUCGGAAAUCCAGGUGUUCCCCAAUUUCCUUGUUUUCUGGUCUGUUUCUGGCCCUAGGGUUUGGUUUUGUUUCCCCAGCACUCUUACUGGACUUGGGACAGCCUGUCUAGAGUCUUUGAGCAAAGUGGAAUAUGUUAGUCAACCUGCAUAAGCAUGUCUUCUUUAUCAGCUCUCUUGAGAGGCUGCAGGAGUAACCUGUUUGCAGCAGCCAUAAAGACAGAAAUUGUUCAAACGAGGUAAUUAAAGACACAUGGAAAAGCAUUUAAAUUAAAGAAUCAUUAUUCCAUAUCCCUGCAUUUACCCUCAGAGCUAACUCCAGUAAGGAUUCUACCAUUUAAUUCUAGAAAAAAAAUACUUGUGGAGCUCUCCCACAAAUCAAAUUCGCCUUCCAGCCUGAAGGAUGUUACCUGCCUCAGUAGGAACUUAAACACUUUGAGUGGCCUCCUGUCCUGCACAGUGAUGGGUCUGUGUUGGGGUUUCUUAUGGCUACUGGGACAUUAAGCAAGAAAGCACCCUCUCCCCAGCUUUCUCCGUUAGUGUGUUGUGGUUUGGUAUUUUUUGCUGGGAAGUCCUCUGCAUUUUUAAGCACAUUCCAGCCAAUUGUGCCUCUGGUGAUGGGUUUCAGCAAGGGUACCACAUUGCUGCCUCUACAGGCAUCAGAAGUCCCAUCUGGCCUCUACCUCUUCUGCUUGUACACGUGGCCGCUGCCAAGCACACGAUCUUGCAUGAAGGGCUUCCUGCUGUUUUCUCAGCCACCACAUUUAGACUAGGCUGGGGAACCCAUCAUCUCCUAAGUACUUCGCACUUUGCAAAUAAAAUGCAGAUCCUGGGGCAGCCGUGCUAGGCUCUACCCCUGUGAGAUCUCCUCCUGCCGAGCCUGCGUGAGCAGCAUGGAAGGACUCACCUCAGGAUCAAAGUUCAACAUUGGUAGCUGGUUGUAAAAAAA